AUGACGACCGUUACUAAGGAACAGGGCUCCAAGGCGGAGGGCAGCUCUGCGUUCGAUGCCUACCAGACGUCUCUUACCACUCGCUACUGCAGCCCCGCCAUGUCGAAGCUGUUCAGUCAGCGCUCAAGACACUCGACAUGGCGAAGGUUGUGGUACCAUCUUGCUGAAUGCGAAAAGGAGCUCGGUAUCAACACCAUCACUCCGGAGGCCAUUGAACAAAUGAAGGCCCAUCUUGUGGUUACGGAUGACGAGUUUGAGAUUGCUCGAAUCGAAGAGAAGAUUCGCAGACAUGAUGUCAUGGCGCAUGUUCACGCCUUUGGUGUUGUUGCUCCAGCUGCGGCCGGCAUCAUCCACCUCGGUGCCACAAGCUGCUUCGUCACUGACAAUACUGAACUCAUUCUUAUGCGCGAUGCCCUAGAUCUUAUUGCUAAGAAACUGGCCAAGGUUAUCUCAAACCUGUCAUCCUUUGCAGUCAAGUGGAAGGCGGAACCUACUCUUGCAUACACGCACCUUCAGGCGGCCCAGUUGAUCACCGUCGGAAAGCGUGCGGCCCAGUGGGCGCAAGAUCUUAUGCUUGACCUCCACACUAUCGAGCAAGCCUCCUUCUUGGAAAUCUUCCAGGGUGACUCCGCGAAAUGUGACGAGCUGAACGUGCUUCUCUGCAAACGAUUCGACUUUCCAGGCUGCUAUGAUGUGUCUACUCAGACCUACACCCGCAAGGUGGACUUGAUCAUUGCCAACGCCGUCGCGGGUCUUGGUGCGACAGCCCAGAAAAUCACGGGAGAUUUGAGGCACUUGGCCACAUGGAAGGAGAUUGAAGAACCUCAUGAGUCGUCUCAAAUUGGAUCUUCUGCCAUGGCAUACAAGGUCAACCCAAUGCGGUCCGAGAGAGUUUACAGUUUGGCGCGCGAGUUGAUGUCUAAGCCAGCCAGCUUCGCCAACACUCUGUCCGACCAAUGGAUGGAGAGGACCCUUGAUGAUAGCGCAAUCCGCCGAAUCGACAUCCCAGAGAUGUUUUUGCUGGCCGAUGCAAUUCUGCUUGGACUUGACAAUAUUUCAAGUGGAUUGGUGGUCUAUCCCAACCGGAUUGCCUUCCGGGUCCAAGAAGAGCUUCCUUUCAUGAUCACAGAGACGAUCAUUAUGAGAAUGGUUGCUCAAGGAGCAUCGAGACAGGAGACACACGAGCAAAUUCGUGUCAUUUCCAACCAAGCUGGCAGCGUUGUGAAGAACGAGGGCAAGCCCAACGAUCUCGUCUCACGCAUCCAGAACAACGAAUUCUUCAAGCCCAUUUGGGGUGAUAUCCAUGGCAUGCUCAAGGCAGACCUUUACAUUGGCCGUAGUGCCGAAAUUGUCGACAAGUAUUGCGGUCCUGGGGGAGUUGUUGAAAAGGCGCUGGCGCCAUAUGCAGCGUACAUCAAGGGCUCUAGCUCUGCGGAGCUUAGUGUCUAG